AUGUCCUCAUCUGAGAGUGAGCUGUCAGAUACUAUAGACCCUAUGGCAAUAGUAUCAGACGAUGAGAUUGUCCCGGACCCUGAGGUUUUCACUUCCGACACUGAGAGUAGCGAUGAUGAUGACUUUCAGCCUUUUGCUUUGCCGGAUUUUGGCGAUGAUAUACCGCUAGCUGAUGGUUUACCUGACGGGGGUCUAUUUCUUGUUCCGAUCCCCGCUCCUCUUCCUCUUGUUGCAUUUCCUCUCGAGGAUCUGCCUCUUGAUGCCAUGUCUGACGAUGAUAUCGAUCUUUUUAUUGAGGGCCUCCCUGAGGGUGCCCAGGGUGAUGGAGUUCCAGUCGAUGAUGUAGUUGUUGUUCCGCUUAUUGAGAUCCCGAUCAUUGAGAUUUCAUCUGACCAUUCUGGUCCUGAUUCAUUUGAGUCUGUGUCAUCUACUACUUUGCACGCACUGGGAUUGCAGCGUUAUCCCACCGAUUCUGAUUCUGACACAGCUAUGUCUGCCGCACCUGUUCAGGACUUCGAGUUUGAUGAUGAGUUUGAUCCUGACAUUGAUCCUGAGCAUGAGGUUGAUUUCAUUCCUGAUGAUCAGCUUUUUGAUAUACCCGCUAAUCUCGAGCCGAUACCCGCUGAUCCUGAGUUAGCGCCAGCCGACCCUGAGCCUAUGCCUGCACCCGAGCCUAUACCUGCUCACGAUCCUUUGCCUGAGCAUGACCCUGUACCUGUUGGCAUACCAGUGGUUGCACCACCUUUACCUGACCCGAUCCUUGCACCUGUUGACCAUCCUCCUUUUGCUGCCCAGAUAGAUCCCCGUUAUGCAUUCACCCACAAUGGGUGGAUAGAGGACGAUGAUGACUUGCCUUUUUUUGUUACGCCUAUUACUCCCCCACCUGCACCUACACAUGCACCCGUUGAUAUCGCCCCGUUUCACCCACAUGUGUCUGACACACACCGCACCGAUCUUCCGAUCACGUUCUUACAGGAUAUCCCUCCACCCCGUCCAGGGGAAGGUCCAUCGAGUCAGCAGCCCAGUCAUAUUCCUCCUGUGUCAGCAACUUUUCCCUUUAUGCCACAGUUUUCACAUACUGCACCUUCUGCUUCUGCACCAUCGGGCAAGCCAUUGAUUUGGUUUCCGCCCAACACGAUGCCUGUUUCUGAUCCAUACCAUCCUUCACAUUACACUGGUUACACGAGGGAUGAUCUGCUUUUGUCGUUACAGCUCCAGCAGGAGUUGUUGGGCCGUAGAGUCAUAGGAUUCCACGUCCUCCACCUUGUCCUUGCUGUACCUAUAAGCAGUUCUUAG